AUGAUGUGGCACCGCGCUAUCAGAGCCUGUGUUGUGGCGGUCGCCUAUUUUGCGUCGGGGGCAGAUGCAAUCACAUACACUCCUUUGAAACCUCCGUCGUAUCCGUUGGCUGUGAGAAGCCCAUAUCUAUCCGCAUGGAUUCCCGGCAAUGAUGUCGCAUCGCUUUCCUCGCACAAUGCGCAAUUCUGGGACGGCAAUAAAUUGAUAUGGUCGGUCAUUGCCCGCGUCGACGAUGUCGCGUACAACUUGUUCGGCGUGGCAUUCCCGCCCAACGGAACGCAAUCCGCCAUUGUCACGCAGGCGACCUAUACGUCUUCACACACGACCUUCACCGUGACGGCAGGCUCGCGCGACUUCACUCUUGACUUCUUUUCCCCUGUAUCACCCAAGAACCAUCUGCGACAGUCACUGCCUUUUUCCUACCUGACAGUGACCCUCGCGGCUGGGGACCCGCGCUCUGUGCAGAUCUACUCCGAUAUCGAUGCCAGCUGGACGGGACAACCCGGUCACGCCAGCUGGAACUUUUCAACCAGCGGAUCUACGAGUGUCUUUGAGAUUGAGGCAGUUGACACGGCCACGUUCUCUGAGAAUGACCAUGGACAGGCCCUGUGGGGCAGUGCUGUAUAUGCCUCUCGUCCAUCUAACUCCUCGUUGCUUUCCACCGCAUCCGGUCCGUCUCUCAGCACUCGCGAGUCAUUCAUCCAUGGAGGAAACUUGAACAACCAGCAUGCCGAGUGGAGCUCAACGGGUGUGGUGGCCUUCGCGCAUGACUUGGGGACCACCGCCGACGUAUCGGCGGUGACCUUUGCCAUUGGCCAUGUACGGAAAGAGUCGAUUGAUUUUCUUGGACAAACGCAGACGGGCUAUUAUCGUGCGAUGUAUCCUGAAACAGUGGAUGCUGUCUCCUACUUCUUGGAUGAUUACGAGGGGGCCAAUGCUGAGUCUGUGCAGUUUGACCAACUGAUUCAAGAUACGGGUGCUUACAGUUAUGGGAGCAACGAUUACUCGGAUAUCCUGGCUUUGUCAGUGCGACAGGUCUAUGGUGGUAUCGAGAUGACGAUUCCCAAUGACUCUUUGGACACCGGCAAGGCCCGUGCCUUCAUCAAGGAAAUAUCGAGCGACGGAAACAUCAACACGGUUGACGUUAUUUACGCGACGUUCCCCAUCUUUUACGUACUGAGCCCCGAGUUCAUCAAGCUUCUCCUCACGCCCGUAUUUGACUACAUGGGUUCCAGCGCAUAUACCAAGUCUUAUGCGGUGCAUGAACUUGGUGCCAAUUACCCCAACGCGACGGGCCAUCCGUCUGAUGGAGAAGAGAUGCCUAUUGAAGAGAGCGGCAACAUGGUUCUUCUGACCUAUGCCUAUCAAAUUGCCACGGGGAAUACCGAUCUGGCUGACACUUAUUCCGCUCAACUCAAACAGUACGCUGACUAUCUGUUUGAAAAUGGACUCUACCCGUCCUCCCAGCUGUCCUUGAAUGACGCACUCGGCGAGCUGGCCAACCAGACGAAUCUGGCCGUCAAGGCCGCCGUGGGUCUGGCAACAUACGGCGCUCUAUCGGGGCAGAGCAACUACACCACUGCAGGCAAAGACUUUGCAAAACAGAUUUGGACUGAUCGUCUGGGAACCGAUGCAAACGGCACUCACUUUCUGAUUCAGUACGGGACAGAUCCGUGGUUUCUCAUGUAUAAUCACUACGCGGAUCUUCUCUUCAAUCUCGACCUAUUCCCCCAGGACGUCUACGAUGCCACUGCUCAAUUCUAUCCGACCGUCCGCCAGCAAGCCGGCGUGCCUCUCGACGGCGCCAUUGGCUGGGGUCAGACGAAUUGGCAGUCGUUUGUAGCUGCCACCGUCGGCGGGCCGACUCGCAAGAUGCUCAUCGGCGACCUGCGAGACUACAUGGCCAACGGGCUUAACUCGGCCCCUUCUCAGAUCGAUAUUGGGUUCAGGACGGUGAUGGUUUUGUGGCGGGACAGGAAUUUGUCUUUCGCGCACGACCGACGCUGGGUAGUCAUUUUGCGUUGGCGGCUUUGGCGGGUGCGGAUAUUCUUUUUCAAGAGUGAGAAUCUGCUCGGAGUGUUGACCAGGGCUGUUUUAUGA